AUGAUCGAAACAUUUUGUGAAUACGAUUUGGAAGAAAUGCGAGAUAAGUUAGAUAAACUUGAAGUAACCAUUGAAUCGACGUCACAAGAAAAGGACGAAGUAUAUGAAGAGAUGGAAAAACUAAAAAUUGAAUUAGAACGUGAGACUGCAGAGAAGAAUGAGGCAUAUAAAAGAAUACAGGAGCUUGACGGCAAAGUUAACACUCACAAAAAAGUCUUGGAAAAACUUAAAGAGAUCGUCGAAAAAUCUGGUGGGAAGAUUCCUGAAGACUGUAAUGUUGAGCAUUUUGUCAAGAAUAGUACAGGUGCCCCACCGGAAAUUCCUAAUCUUGAAGCACAUGCUGGUCCGCCUCCCCUUUCUCCGUUAGCUGGAUUACUUACUCCUGGAGUACAAUCACCUCCUAGCGUACCAUCACCACCACCACCUUUAUCAGGAGUGCCACCAUCACCUCCACCUUUUGGGGGUGCAAUACCAGGUCCACUACCUCCCCUUGGACCCCCAGGUGCCCCUGGCCUACCAGACGCAUUACAGGGAAAAGGAAAGAGAAAUGUACCAAAGCCUUCGCAACCUUUGAAAUCAUUUAAUUGGUCAAAACUGCCUGAUACCAAAAUAAAAGGAACAGUUUGGACGGUAAUCGACGACUCGAAGAUUCAUGAAAUCAUGGAUUUUAACGACUUUGAUCGCAUGUUCUCGGCAUAUCAAAAAUCCAAGAAUGACCAGAAAGACGGUGGUGCAGAAGCUUGUGUGGCUGCGGAACAAAGGCAAGAAUUGUCCUUCAUAGAUAGUAGGAAAGCCCAGAACUGUCAAAUUUUGUUAUCAAAACUGAAAACUUCCAACAAACAGUUAUCGCGAGCUGUUCUCACCAUGGAUAAAGAUGGCGAAUUAUCUGUAGAAAUGCUUGAACAGGUAAAAUUUCACUUCGACUUCUUACAUGGGAAUUAA